CCACGAUUCCUCUUACAUCUACUGCGCACUCGUCGAAUGUUGGCGAGAACCAUCUUGAGACGCACCACACGAUCCAUCGCACCUCGCAACGCACGUUAUUUUUCGCCUUCCGUCACCAUCAUGUCCCCUGAAAAGCAACAAGAACCCAGGGUCAUCGAGAGCAUCGACGUUCCCGGGGAUGGGAUGAAGUGGGUCAAGCUGAGAAAGAUCAAUUGGGAGGAUCAGACGGGAAGGAAGCGAGUCUGGGAAGCCGCCGAUAGGUCGACUAGGAAAGGAGAGAUCGACGCGGUAGCUAUCGUAGCGCUCAUCGCACACCCGAAGAAACCGUUAUCGACGGUGAUCAUCGAACAGUACAGGCCGCCUAUCGAGAAAUACAUCAUCGAGCUUCCCGCGGGAUUGGUCGAUGAAGGAGAAUCCGCCGAGACGGCAGCUUUACGAGAGUUGUACGAAGAGACUGGGUAUGGGGGCGGGGAUAAGGGCGGGGGGAAGGCGACUGUGAGGACUGUCACGCCGAUCCUGGUCUCCGACCCAGGCCUUACGAGCGCUAAUAUGAAGCUCGUCAUCGUCGACGUUCAAUUGACAGAGGACGAUCCGGAGCCAGAGGCCAAGUUGGACGAAGGGGAGUUUAUCGUCAAGAGGAUCGUCGAGAUCAAGGAUUUGUGGAAGACCUUGGAAGACUAUUCGGAAAAGGGGUUCGUACUGGACGCUCGCCUCUCACACAUCGCCAUGGGUUUGCACCUCGCCGGACAGCUCGAUAAAGAGUGAAGUACAAGCGGAGGUUCGGGCGAUACCCUAUAGUAAUAUCAUCGAUCCCGAUUGGUUUGUGGAGUGGGAGUUGUUGUCGAGUCGUAGGGUCGGGGUCUUCGUUUGCGUCGAGUGUGGAUUCGAAAUGUACUGCAGGAAAUACGAUGACGAUGUACGUUACAUAUACUCUCGAGCUCCUUGA